UCUUGCACGUGUCUCUGCGCACCGCACCGCACCGCACCGCACCGCACCGCACCGCACCGCACCCCGCACCGCCAUGAGCUGCCCGGUGACGUGCGCCGCCUGGGUGCGCUGCGGCGUUGCCAAGGAGACGCCGGAAAAGGUGCAGCUCAGCCAGGAGGAGCUGAACGACCUUAUCGGGGAGGCCCAGGACAGGAUGAGGGAUGCUGCUGAUGGUAGCGAUGAAGGCCAGAUGGCAUCUGAUGUGAACGUAGAUGUUCCUGGCAGAGCUGAGUCUUCUCAUGAAAAUGAAGACCCACCUGAUGAUGAACUAGAUGAAUAUGAUUUGGAACACUAUGAUGAAGAGGAAUGCACAGGUGAGCUAAAACUUGGAGACUCCUUGGCUACCCUAGCAGUAUAUGGGAAUAAUGAUAAUGAUCCUUACAUCACUCUAAAAACCACUGAUCAGUAUGAAGAAGAAGACUUCUUGAUUAAGCCCACUGACAAUCUUGUCCUUUGUGGCAGAGUUGAUAAAGACUACUGUAGUUUGGAGGUCCAUGUUUAUAAUCAUGAAGAGACCUCAUUUUAUGUACAUCAUGAUAUUAUCUUGCCUGCUUACCCUCUAAGUCUGGAGUGGCUGAAUUUUGAUCCUAAUCCUGAUGAAUCAGUAGGAAAUUAUGUUGCAGUGGGUAACAUGACCCCAGUUAUUGAUGUUUGGGACCUUGAUGUAGUAGAAUCCUUAGAACCAGUCUUUUCUCUUGGAGACAAGAAAGAGAAAAAGAAGAAAAAGAAAGGGAAGAAAAGCUUAUCUUCAGGGGAGACAGUGAAAGGACAUACUGAUGCUGUGCUUGAUCUUUCAUGGAAUAAACAAAGCAGGAAUGUUUUAGCAAGUGCAUCUGCUGACAGUACUGUGAUUUUGUGGGAUAUGUCUGUGGGUAAGCCAGCAGCCAACUUGAUGCUACACACAGACAAGGUCCAGACAUUGCAAUUUCAUCCAUUUGAAACUCAGACCCUUAUUUCUGGAUCUUAUGAUAAAUCAGCUGUGCUGUAUGACUGCAGAAACCCACAAGAUAACCAUCGCGUGUGGCGGUUUAGUGGUCAGGUUGAAAGAGUAACUUGGAAUCAUUUUUCACCUUGUAACUUCUUAGUGAGCACAGAGGAUGGCUUUGUGUACUGUCUGGAUGCUCGUUCUGAUAAGCCACUGUUUACUCUGAAAGCCCAUGAUGAAGAGGUGUCAGGGCUACAGCUAAGCAGUCAGAUCAAAGGAUGCCUUGUGACAUCAUCUGCUGACAAACAUGUGAAAAUCUGGGAUAUCCUGGGGGACAGACCAAGUUUAGUCCAUUCCAGAGAUAUGAAAAUGGGUGUUCUCUUCUGCGCGGCCUGCUGUCCUGACCUCCCAUUUGUUUUUGCCUUUGGAGGAGAGCGAGAAGGGCUGCGUGUUUGGGAUAUUAGCAAGAUUUCUGCGGUGAAUGAAGUUUUUGGAAACAGAGAGAGACUUGUUCUGGUAAAUGCCAACUCUGUUGCCAGCAGUAGCAGCAACAAUUCGGAGACAGCAAUGGAAUCGUGAUGGACCAAACAUCAAAAAUCAAAGUAAUUAAUGGCACUACGACUAAUGUGGAUUCUACAAGUCCCCCCAUUUGGUGAGAGUUCGUAGAAAUUACUCUGGUGUCUUGCAAUCUGCAGGCUUCUUCAUCUUAAAGAAACACGGUGAUGGGGUCAAGCUCUAAGUCAGCAGUUCUAAGUUCCUGCCUCUGUUACUAGCUUUGAAAGAUUAAAUGACUUGCUUUUUGCCUGAGAUUAUGAUCCCUGUAGCAGGAGCUACUAUGUGUAAAGUUGAUACAUAAACUGAAACAGGCACUAGAAGAGUAUUUUGCUACUACCAGAAGUUUGAAUACUACAAAGAAGAUAAAUAUCUUCUAAAGGCAUAAGGAAAAAUACUUCAGCCAGCAGGUGUGUAAAAAAAAAAAUGAAUGAAAUGACAAGUGUAAAUAGAUAAUUUAUACUUGAUUUGAGGCUAGAUUUACAGAUUUCUAAUACAGAUUUUAACAGUUCUAUGUAA